AUGAGAAUAGUCUUCUUCUAGUAAGCCAGGAUGAACCUCAUGGACAUCACCAAGAUCUUCUCCCUUCUGCAGCCCGAAAAGGAGGAGGAAGACACUAAUACAGGGGAGAAACAGGCUCUCAAUCAGGCAGUAUAUGACAAUGAUGCCUCUACCUUGGACCAGCUUCUACGACAGGAAUGUUACAAGCGUUUCAUCAAUAGCAGGAGUGGUUGGGGUGUACCUGGGACACCUUUGCGCUUGGCAGCUUCUUAUGGCCACUUAAGCUGUUUGCAGGUCCUCCUGGCACAUGGUGCUGAGGUUGAUAGCUUGGAUGUUAAAGCACAGACACCACUUUUCACUGCUGUUAGUCAUGGCCAUCUGGACUGUGUACGUGUGCUUUUAGAAGCUGGUGCCUGUCCUGGUGGCAGCAUCUACAACAACUGUUCUCCUGUGCUCACUGCUGCACGUGAUGGUGCCCUUGCCAUCCUGCAGGAGCUACUAGGCCAUGGUGCAGAGGCCAAUGUCAAGGCCAAACUCCCAGUCUGGGCAUCAAACAUAGCUUCAUGUUCUGGCCCCCUCUAUUUGGCUGCAGUCUAUGGGCACCUUGAUUGUUUUCGCUUGCUUUUGCUUCAUGGGGCAGAUCCUAAUUACAACUGCACUGACAAGGACCUAUUGGCCCGUGUUCCACGGCCCCGCACCCUCAUUGACAUCUGCCUUCACCAUAAUUGUGAGCCAGAGUAUAUCCAGUUGUUAAUAGAUUUUGGUGCUGAUAUAUACCUUCCAUCUCUUCCCCUGGACCUGACCUCAAAAGAUGAUAAAAGUAUCAAUUUGCUGCUACAGGCCAGAGCUGUUCCACGGUCACUCCUUUCUCAGGCCCGAUUAGUUAUCCGAAGAGCCUUGUGCCAAGCCAACCAUCCACAAGCCAUCGACCAGCUGGAUAUUCCCUCUGUGUUGAUUAGCUACCUCAAACACCAAUUAUAA